GAUCAAAGCUACACAUCACUAGGCAUGUUUCACGACUCAUCAGCACAGAGAGCGUGAUCGAGAUUUUAAAGACGCGACUGCCAAGAAGGGAUUGAGCUGCCUAGUUGCCACUACUAGGUGUUCUUCCGGGGUUGGCGAUCAUGGCACUGGGGAACGGUGUUUUGGGUGUUCUCAAGGAAGAGAAGAAUAAGUGGGAGAGGAGAGCUCCGCUCACGCCGACACACUGUGGAAGGCUGCUGCGAAGUGGAGCUGUGGAGAGAAUCAUCGUCCAGCCAUGCAGCAAGCGGAUUCACAGAGACUACGAGUAUGAGGACGCUGGCUGCGAGGUCUCGGAGGACUUAUCUCAAUGUGGUCUUAUUCUGGGGGUCAAGCAACCCAAGCUUGGCACUCUGCUGGAAGACAGGGCUUAUGGAUUUUUUUCUCACACCCACAAAGCACAGCCUCAAAACAUGCCUCUCCUGGACGAGGUGCUUGGAAAGCGUGUUUUACUCUACGACUAUGAGCUUAUUGUCGACGAUCAUGGUAAACGACUUGUUGCGUUUGGGGAGUACGCUGGAAGAGCCGGAAUGAUUGAUUUUUUUCGGGGGCUUGGUGAAAGACUUUUGAGCCUCGGGUACUCAACGCCGUUUGUUUCGUUGGGGUCCUCGUAUAUGUACAUGUCAUUGAGUGCGGCUAAAGCUGCAGUGCUCAUGGUCGGGGAUGCCAUUUCAAGCAGUGGUCUUCCACAGGAAUUGUGUCCGCUGGUGUUUGUAUUUACCGGUUCUGGAAAUGUUUCACGAGGUGCUCAGGAGAUUUUGAAUCUUCUUCCGCAUGAGUAUGUGCACCCUUCCCAACUUAAGGAUCUGUCAAACCGACGGAUAAGCAACCGAAAAGUUUAUGCUUCUGUAGUUACUGCGGAGCAUAUGGUGAUACCGAACAACCCCGGGAAACAGUUUAACAAAGCUGAUUACUAUGCACAUCCCGAGGAUUAUCAUUCAACAUUCCACGAGACAAUAGCCCCAUUUGCGUCUGUGAUUGUGAAUUGUAUGUACUGGGAGCAUCGAUAUCCGCAGCUUCUGACCAACAAUCAGUUGCAAGACAUGUUUGAUAAGCAUGCUUCAGAAUGUAGGCUAUUGGGAGUCUGUGACAUAACUUGCGACGUUGAAGGUUCAAUCGAGUGCCUUAAAUCAACGACGUGCAUCGAGCAACCAUAUUUCAGAUACAAUCCUGUUACACGUUCGCAUCACACGGACCUGGAUGGUGAGGGAUUACUAUUCUUGGCUGUCGACAUUCUUCCCACUGAAUUUGCAAAAGAGGCCACCGCGCAUUUUGGGAAUGUGUUGCAACCUUUUAUCAGCACAAUGGCACGGUGUAAGAAUCCCAUGGAGGCCGUAUCGCCGCUGAGACGAGCAUGCAUUGCUCACAGUGGCCACCUUAGCCAAUUGUUCGACUACAUCCAGCGUAUUCGAAAUUCUGAAGCUCGGCUGAUGAACGGCACAAGCACAUUCACAACGAAGGUGUCACUUAGUGGUCAUCUGUUUGACAAGUUUCUGAUAAACGAAGCUUUGGACGUGAUUGAAGCAGCUGGAGGCAAAUUCCAAAUUGCGACGUGCCAGAUUGGUCAAACGUGUGAUGCCAUUUCUUAUGCAGAGAUUGAAGUUGCAGCAGAAUCAGAAGAGAACUUAAGCCGCAUUGUGGACGCUUUAUCUACGAUGGCAACGGGUUCUACAGGAGAGAAUCAUUGUUCUGAAAAAGCUUCAGUUGUUUCAGAAUAUACGAACAUUCUUAUUCUCGGAGCCGGGAGAAUGUGUGAGCCUACAUUGAUGUACCUCACUGAAAAUGCGUUCGAGGACUACGCUGAUACGUCAAAGCCGCCCAAGCAAGUUUUUGUUCACGUUGGAUCGUUGUAUCUUGAAGACGCAUCCAAGGUGGUUGAGGGUGUCGAAAACGCUCUAGCAAUACAGAUUGACGUAAUGGAUGAGCAACAGCUAAAGAGUCAAGUACAAAAGGUUGAAGUUGUGAUCAGUUUACUGCCUCCAAGUUUCCACGAGAGAGUCGCGGUUGCCUGCAUUGAAUUAAAAAAGCACCUGGUGACAGCAAGCUAUGUAAGCAAAGAUAUGGCUCUUCUUGAUUCAAGAGCUCAAGCGGCAGGAGUGACAUUACUUUGCGAGAUGGGGUUGGAUCCAGGAAUCGACCACAUGAUGGCAAUGAAAAUGAUAGAUGCAUCUCAUGAAAGAGGAGACAAAGUUCGCGUGUUUGAAUCGUACUGUGGGGGGCUUCCAUCACCUGAAGCUGCCAAUAAUCCUUUAGCAUACAAGUUCAGCUGGAACCCGACCGGAGCUAUCAAGGCAGGAAGGAAUGCUGCUACCUACAAGCACGAAAACAAAAUCAUCAGAGUCCCCGGCGAACGUCUUUUCGGCGCUGCUGUUUCUUUUAGAAUUCCGCAGUACCCAGCUUAUGCUCUGGAAGUGCUACCGAACAGGGACUCCUUAAUGUAUGGUGACUUGUAUGGCAUCUCCCAGGAAGCUGCGACAAUUUUCAGAGGGACUUUACGCUAUGAAGGAUUUGGUCAGAUAAUGGACACUUUGGGGAAGCUAGGAUAUUACAAUUCUGACAAUCAUCCGCUCUUGGCUUCUUCAACGGAAACUACAUAUGCUGCAGUUCUCGAAGCAUUGAUUCUGCAACUGUCAACCAGUUACAAUGGUUUAUGUGCGGAGGAGCUUGCUCGUAUCAUCUCCUCGGACAACUUGGAUGUGGCGAAGCGCGUGCUAAGCUGCAUAAGGUUUCUGGGGUUGGACUCCCAAGAAAUAGUUCCAAGGUCAUGCAAAUCAGCUUUCGAGGUUCUCUGCUCGCGAAUGGAAGAAAAACUUGUCUUCCGUGCUAAUGAACAGGAUCUAGUUCUUUUGCAUCAUGAACUGGAGGUAGUGUACGAAGACUCGAGAUCAGCUGAAAGACACUCGGCAACUUUAGUUGCUGUUGGAGAGAGUUGUAAUCAGCUUAAAAACGAGUCACGUAGGCCGCAUUCUGCAAUGGCUCGAACAGUUGGUCUCACGGUAGCCAUAGGUGCCGAGCUACUGUUUACUGGCAGACUUAAGUCCAGGGGAGUCAUUCGUCCACUUCAACCAGAAGUCUAUGUUCCAGGUUUGGAGAUUCUAGGAAAGCUUGGUCUGGGAGUUGUAGAAAGCGUCGUUUGAAACGAGCAGGAAUCGCUGGGUGUUGGCAAAAACAAUAGAGUGAGAACGAGCGUCCCGGAAGACAAAGGCCCUGCGACUUUCUCAAUUAUGUUCCCGGCUCGAGCUCCUGGCACUCCCGUCACGGCAACACCGCAGGCAGCUUCGAUAAAAUUCCCGAACGGUGCAGUGAUCCCCACGACUUGCGCGAGUGCCGACUCCACUGGCGAAGGCAAGUUGUAAACUACCUUGAUCCCCAUUGCCGUCAGCUGGUUUGCUGGCCCAACUCCACUCAACAAAAGUAACUGUGGACUUCCUGGUGUACCUGCGCAGAGAAUCACUUCGCCCUGGAGAUUUUUCAGCAAGGUGGUCCGUGUUCUCCCGAGAGGAUCGCUGUACUUGACUCCAUAACUUCGAUCUCCUGCCAAGAGAAAAUCCCCAGAUCAUCUUGCCAGAGGAUGUCGAGGUUGCGCGGAUUGGCAUAAACGAGUAAAUUUGAAGCCGGCCUCCGCGUUCCCUGGUCAUCAAAGAUCGUUCCUCCGGUCUGGGUCCCGACUUGGAAGUCGUAACUGGCACCGUUAUCAGGAGUGACUCCGGCCUUGAUGAGUGGCGAGCCUCCUCUCUCGAGCAAAAGGACUCUAAAUUUUUGGGAGAGCGUUGCUGCUAGCGGACACCCUGCGGUGCCACCUCCGACGACAAUAUAAUCAUAGAGCUGUGGAUGGAAUUUUGAAUCUGUAGCUUCGUGCAUGGGUGGAAGAUUCUGUGCUGAAAAUCCAAAAAAGAAAGCAAAAUAAAAGUUAGUGAAACAAAAAGUUCUUUUUC